AUUGGGCCUCCAUAAAACCCCCUCCAAAACUCUCCGUCUCGUCUUGGCUUGGCUACGCGUAUCUCUUUCAUUUUUUGGAAAAACAAUAGAAACGGAGAGAGAAGCAAAUGAGGAACUGAUCACUCAAGCUCACCGGGAAACUGUGACAUCUCCGGCCACCAUUCUGUUCCUCCGACAACCAGGAGUUUCUCACAUUUUUCGUCAUUUGAUCUUCAGGCUGCUACUUGUUGUUUCCUUCUCAGUUCCAGCGAGACUUGUGUAUUAUGCGCAGGAAAAAUUGCGUAGAUUUAUCAAGGUGCCUCCAUUUUUCGUUUCCUCCAUUUUCCCUGUGGAAUCUACAGGCUGACAACGCUAAUCCGUAUAAAGGGUUUUCGGCUCGUUAUCUUCGAUAGAAGUUAACCGACCUAACACACACAUACACAUACACAUACAGUUCCUUGGAACCAGGAAUGGAGAGCUUGAUGUCUCCAUUCAAGGGAAUAACCAGCGACGUCAAAGGAAGAGCUGCGUGCUACAAGGAAGAUUGGGUCAGUGCACUUCGUUCAGGCAUCAGGAUAUUGGCUCCAACUACUUACAUCUUCUUUGCUUCUGCACUUCCUGUCAUUGCCUUUGGAGAGCAGCUGAAUAGAGAUACAGAUGGAAGUCUGAGUACUGUGGAAACCUUAGUUUCUACUGCUAUUUGCGGAAUAAUCCACUCAAUUUUUGGCGGCCAGCCACUGUUGAUAGUAGGAGUUGCUGAACCCACUGUUAUAAUGUAUACGUAUUUGUACAAGUUCAGCAACGCAAAGGCAGAGUUAGGCCAGAAAUUGUAUCUGGCCUGGGCUGGUUGGGUUUGUGUUUGGACUGCACUUAUGCUUUUUCUGCUUGCAAUUUUUAAUGCCGGCAACAUCAUCACUAAAUUUACAAGAAUUGCAGGGGAGCUUUUUGGAAUGUUGAUUACAGUUCUUUUCUUUCAAGAGGCUAUCAAGGGACUUGUUAGUGAAUUUAAUAUUCCCAAACAUGAGAAUCCCCAGUCAGAAAAAUACCAAUUCCACUGGCUGUAUGCAAAUGGACUGCUUGCUAUUAUUUUCUCAUUUGGUUUACUCGUCACUGCCCUUAAAAGCAGACAGGCAAGGUCAUGGCGAUACGGCACAGGGUGGCUCCGAAGUUUUAUUGCGGAUUAUGGGGUUCCCCUAAUGGUGUUGUUCUGGACCCUGAUGACUUAUAGUGUACCCAGCAAAGUUCCUGUUGGAGUUCCCAGGAGGCUGCAGUGUCCACUUCUUUGGGAUUCUAUGUCAGUUUAUCAUUGGACUGUAAUCAAGGAUAUGGGGAAGGUUCCAGUGGUUUACAUCUUCGUUGCGAUUAUACCGGCCAUUAUGAUAGCAGGUCUUUACUUUUUCGACCACUGUGUAGCUUCACAGAUGGCACAACAAAAGGAGUUCAAUCUCAAGAAUCCGUCAGCUUACCAUUAUGAUGUAUUGUUGCUCGGUUUCAUGACUUUAAUUUGUGGCUUGCUUGGACUCCCUCCUUCAAAUGGUGUUCUUCCCCAAUCACCCAUGCACACUAAGAGCCUUGCAGUUCUUAAGAAGCAGUUGAUUCGAAAGAAAAUGGUAAAAAGUGCCAAGGAAUGCAUUGAGCGGAAUGCAAGCAACUCAGAGAUUUAUGGAAGGAUGCAAGCAGUGUUUAUAGAAAUGGACACAGCUCCCCCUAAUGCUUCAGUAGAUAAAGAGUUGAAGGACUUGAAAGAGGCUGUAAUGAAAUCUGAUGAUGGAGGUGACACAAAGGAAAAUUUUGAUCCUGAGAAACACCUUGAUGCUUACUUGCCUGUAAGAGUUAACGAGCAGAGAAUGAGUAACCUAUUACAAUCAUUGUUGGUUGGAUUAUCAACAUGUGCCCUGCCUAUAAUAAAACAAAUACCUACGUCAGUUCUCUGGGGUUACUUUGCCUACAUGGCCAUUGAUAGUCUCCCAGGGAAUCAGUUUUGGGAACGGAUAUUACUUAUCUUUGUUCCCCCCAAUCGGCGGUACAAAGUUUUGGAAGGUGUUCAUGCUUCAUUCGUAGAGAUGGUGCCAUUCAAGCAAAUUUUUAUAUUUACACUCUUCCAAUUUGUAUACUUUUUGAUUUGUUUUGGGGUGACAUGGAUACCUAUUGGUGGAGUACUGUUCCCGCUGCCAUUCUUCCUUCUUAUUAGCAUAAGGCACUCUAUCUUUCCUAAGGUGUUCCAUCCUCUUUAUCUUCAAGAAUUGGAUGCAGCUGAGUAUGAAGAAAUUGCUGGUUCUCCAAAACGAAGUCGGAGUCUUAUGCACAGGGAGAGAGAACUACACGAUUUGAGGAAUGAACCAAAUGAUGGAGAUGAUUUCUAUGAUGCUGAGAUACUGGACGAAAUGACAACCCACAGAGGCGAGCUGAAGCUUAGAACUUCAAGCUUCAAGGAAGACAAAUUAUAUCAGGUACAUCCACGGGAUGAUGAUGGUAGAAGACAAUGAGACGUUGCAGUUUAGAAUAUAUGGAAAGAGCUCAUCACAGUGAAAAUGGUUAUCACAACACCCUGCAAGGAACCGUUGAAGCAUAUAUGUGAUAACAUAUAAAGAUGGAAGCAACCAUUCUUCUUCUUUUUUUUUCGACACAAAGGGAGAGAAGAAGAGCUUUUAAUUUUAACAUUUUGUGCAAGUUUUCUCAGUGGGCAAAUAGCUUUGGUACAACGAAAAAUAUUUAUUUAGAUUUGAUUUUUUAAAAUAUAAAAAAGUAAAUUUUUUUAUUAAAAAAAAGAUAAAAUUUAUUUUAAUAUCUCUUAAAUUUUAUUUUCUCAGAAAAUUUCCCAACCAAUAAUGGGAACACAGAAUCUGAUGGGCAUGAGUAUAGAACAGCUUGUAAGAAAAAACAUUAUUUU